AUGUAUUCAUCUUGUAAAAAGUUUCAGAUCGUGUUGACAGAAGGUUUGGGAACAGAGAGCCCGUCCAUCGCAGCUAAAACACACUUCCAGCAACUUCCUCACCAUGAGCUGCAGGACUCUACCCAGAUAAGACCCCCCCUCCCGCCUCCCCCCUCCUCCAAGAGUCGAACCGGGGGUUCGAAGCACCACGAGUACAGCAACACCCGGCAAGUGCAGCGACAGCAGCCCGCCCGGGUCCCCGCGCUCCGGGCCGAGCGGCUGCCCCUCUCAGACGCUCACAUCUCUCACGUGGAGACGGGAAGGUGUAGGAUAGACGAAAAGAGACGGAGAAAGUACCUGAGAGAGAGAGAGAGAAAGCAGCCGCGGGAGUCCUCAGUGUUGAUGAACUACGCUUCCAUCCGGGGGAAACGCUCCGAGGCGCUCGGCGGAAAAUACCAGUCCAGAGGCCCUCCGUGCAGCGGCGACAGCCCCAGCCGCGAGUCCAUGAGUGGAGGUGGGAGGGAGUUCCAGAGGCGGGGAGCAGCACGACUAAAGGCUCUGGAGCCCAUGGUGGUCAUGCGGGCAGGGGGGAUGGUGAGACUGAGAGAUGAGGAGGAUCUUAACGACCGGCUUGGUGAAAUGGAGCAACAGCGCACUUCCUUGGUGAAAGUACACCUCAUGCAGGUGAAGAAUGGAUCAAGACCCGUUCAGCCCAAACCACAGGAGCGAGAACAGUGGGCCAAUAAGAUGGAGUUCGUCCUGGCUGUGGCUGGACACAUUAUUGGCCUGGGAAAUGUCUGGAGAUUUCCAUAUCUGUGCUACAAGAACGGAGGAGGGGUGUUCUUCAUUCCAUACCUUUUGUUUUUGGUCACCUGUGGCAUCCCACUCUUCUUCUUGGAGACGUCUUUGGGGCAGUUCACAUGUCAGGGUGGAAUAACGUGUUGGACAAAAAUCUGCCCCCUCUUUGAAGGCUUAGGUUAUGGAAGCCAAGUUGUUGUUUUGUACACUGGGGUGUAUUAUAUCAUCAUACUGGCUUGGACAUUUCUCUACCUGUUUUCAUCCUUCAGGACUGAGCUUCCAUGGGCGAGCUGUAAUAACAGCUGGAACACAGAUCACUGUUUUGAGUACGCUCACAAUCAAACCUCAACUGUGCAACUUGAUGGAAACAGCACAUCCUCAGUCGUUGAAUUUUGGGAGAGGAGAAUCUUGGGGCUGUCUGAUGGGAUUGAUGAGCUUGGCAGUAUUCGCUGGGACCUCGCUCUUUGCCUACUGCUUGCCUGGGUGUUGUGUUACUUCUGUGUGUGGAACGGAGUGAAGUCCACAGGAAAGGUGGUGUACUUCACAGCCCCAUUUCCGUUUGUCAUGUUGGCGGUGUUGCUCGUUCGUGGUCUCACGUUACCAGGGGCCAAAGAGGGGAUUAUGUUCUACCUUUACCCAGACCCGUCCCGCCUCUCUGAUCCAGAGGUAUGGAUGGACGCCGGUAGCCAAAUAUUCUACUCCUAUGGGGUUUGUACUGGCGUUCUCACAUCUUUAGGAAGUUACAACAAGUACAACAACAACUGCUACAGAGACUGUGUCUACCUGUGCCUGUUGAACAGCUUCACCAGCUUUAUUGCUGGUUUCGCCAUCUUUUCUGUGCUUGGCUUCAUGUCGAAGGAACAAGGUGUGGAUAUAUCCAUGGUGGCUGAGUCAGGUCCUGGUUUGGCGUUCAUUGCUUACCCACGUGCUGUGGCUUUAAUGCCAUGUCCUCAACUCUGGGCAAUUUUCUUCUUUAUCAUGAUCAUUUUUUUAGGAUUGGACAGUGAGUUUGUGUAUCAAGAGGCUCUGGUCACAACCAUCUCCGACCUGUAUCCUUCUUUAUUUCGAAACAACAAUCGGCGGAAGCUUCUCCUUUUGGCCAUUAGUGCAGGAAGUUUCCUCAUUGGCCUUUUCAUGGUGACGGAGGGAGGCCUUUAUAUCUUCCAGUUGUUUGACUACUAUGCCUGCAGUGGAAUGACAUUGCUACUUUUUGCCAUUCUUCAGUCGGUGUGUAUUGGAUGGAUCUAUGGUGCCGAUCGUCUGUAUGAUAAUGUGGCCGACAUGAUUGGGUACAGACCUUGGCCUUUCAUGAAGUAUUGUUGGAAGUACUUCACACCAGCUAUCUGUACUGGCACACUUUUCUUCUCACUGGUCAAAUAUUCCCCACUGAAGUUUAACAACACUUACGAGUACCCCUGGUGGGGGUACGCCAUCGGGGGACUCUUCACUCUCUCGUCCACACUCUUGACUCCCCUGAAGAUGCUGCAUGCUGUGAGCGUCACUCCAGGAACACUGAGACAGAGGCUGAAGCUCUUGUGCACUCCAGCAGACUUACCCAUCGCGAAAAUCAAGCAAUCGUCGACCAACGAAGCGUUCCAGACUUUCACAGAGCUGCGCACCCUUCGCCACACAGAAAGUCCUGGUGACAGAACCGAGGGCGCUUACUUGAUUUCAGCUGCAGUGACAAAGGACUGCUGA